CAUCAUCAUCAUUAUUCAUUUUAACUCUCCAAAAAUGAAAGCACUGGGCGUGGUUAUCUUCCCAGUGCACGACCCUGACGACCAAUCGGAGCCUCCCAACAGAGACGCACCUGAGCAGCUGCCAAAGCGAGAGGCGGGCCGGCUGUAUAAAACCAGCGGGGCACCACAGUCUCUCAUGUAGUUCAUCCAGCAUCAGUCUCCAUCUAGCCGGACCUACAUCUCGUUCCCAACCUCUGCGCUCCUGAAGCAAACCAUGCACCUGAGCGCGCACGAGUCGUGCCAUUCCUUGGUCUUACUUUGCAUCCUCCUGAGGAGUUGCCAAGCCUUCAAGAACGAUGCCACGGAGCUCCUGUUUUCGCAAGUGACCGCACCGGUGCCGGAGGUUCAGAGCAACGUGUCCCUGAACCGAGCAAGGACCGGCGGGAGAGGAGCUGGCAACGCGGCGCACGACAGAGGCGAGCGAAGCCAAAUCGGAUGCAGAGAGCUGAGGUCCACUAAGUACAUCUCUGACGGCCACUGCACCAGCAUCAACCCCAUCAAGGAGCUGGUGUGCACCGGCGAGUGUCUCCCAGCUCAGAUGCUUCAAAACUGGAUCGGCGGCGCCUACGGCAGAAAGUUCUGGGGUCGCCGGAGCAGCAACCAGGACUGGCGGUGCGUCAACGACAAGACCCGCACCCAGCGCAUCCAGCUGCAGUGCCACGACGGCAGCACGAGAACGUACAAGAUCACCGUGGUCACCUCCUGCAAGUGCAAGAGGUACUCGAGGCAGCACAACGAGUCCGGCAACAAGUUCGAGGAGCCGGCUCUGUCGCCGCCGCAGCUCCUGCACAAGCACAAGUCCAAGAGCAAGAGGAGGCUGGGGAAGAACCGGCUGAGCGAGAACUGGCACGAGACUGAACCCUGAGAGCCGGCAGACACGCAGACUCACUCUGAUACCCCAUAAACCUAAAGGAGUUUUGUCUCUUUGAUAUUGAGACACAGCAUCCAGAGUUUGCAGUUGUGGAUUAUCUCUCAGUGUGACGGGGACUUGAUAUAUGUGAAGCUGGUUCCUCACUAUGAUGGAGAACUCCAAGGGGCAUGCUAAGGACUUUUUUUCUUGACAUUUUAAUCUAUGUGAUUAAAGAUAAUGUGAACAAAACUGAGGUGUACAGUCUGCAGAGCUUUCUGGAGCCCCGAGCCAACCCACAUUGUCCCAGAUGUAGCCAUGUGCAUGCGUUCAUAUAUUCAUUUUAAUCGCAGAUGGAAAUCUGUGUUUAGGCACCGACACCAGUAAACAACACCAAACAUCUCAAAAAAUAUCUUGUGUAAAUACUUGUACAUAUAUCAAAUUCUUACAUGCCUUUUUUGAAGUAUGGCCAUGUGUAUAAAAUUUUACUAUGUAAGAUCUAUGAUGUAUGAUGUAAUAUAUUUUCUGUGGCAACAUAUAAGUUUUUGCUUAAGUGGCGUCAGCAUGUGGCUGGAAAAGCUUUGUCAUCAAUCAUUCUUGUAAUAACUUCAUAUGAAAUAAAUAUUACUUUUUAUCACCUC